AUGGACGAGAUGAUCGAGACCCAGCAACUCCGUCCGGGUAGCAACGGAGGGACCACGACGUCCAAGUUGAGGAACACCCGCGAUGCGACAGCAGAGGAACAAGGGUUUACCUCUUUUUUUGAGAAAAGAAGAAGAAGAUGACUGAGCCGACGGCGCUGAAAGCGACCUCGCCUCCUGAAAAAGAUGACGGAGAUCCCCGGGAACGCCGACCCACCGGAGCUCGGAAAAGCGGAGCCGUCGUCAAUCGCAAGGGAAGGAGAGACGACGAGGGCCGGCAGCAGAAGCCAGAGGAAGCUGGGACGGCCCUCGAAGAACAAGAAGAACAAGAAGAAGAAGAGACUCCACGAAGAAUGCAAGAAGACGCUGCUCCUCCUACUGGAAGAGGAGACGUCGUGGUAAGUACGGUCACUCGCGGUGAACUACAAAACAGUAACCGCAAUUGCCGCCGUCGUUAAAGACUGUACAGCGAGAACGAUUUUAUUUCCCAACCUUUUUCCAGAAAUCCCACAUAAAAAAUUAUUUACUAGGCUCAAUAAUUCAUUCUUUAUAUAUUAGGCUGGGCCAGUAUGCCACAUGUCGAGAUUCCAUUGGAUGAUUGAUAGGGAGUAAAUAGCAUUUAAAGAUUAGGAUAUAUGUCAAAUAAAGAAACAGGGCAUGGACAUAAUUAGCACUGUUAAAGGGGGUACCAGCUCUUGAUAAAAACCGAGGUGCACAGCAUAGAUAGGUGGGGGACUAAAAUAUAAAAAAAUUGUCAUAAUGGGCAAUAAAAAAUAUUAUUUAAUAAUGAAAAAGUCAAACAAUAAAAAUGAGUGUUGAAUAUUUGGGGAUUUGAGGUACGACCAUUUUCAUCAGAAAGUUUUUGCUUUCUCUUACAAAAAAAAUGGACCAAGUUCUAAUUUAUGGUGUUUUUUCCUUUAUGGGGUAAAUUCAAUUAUUAUUUAAGGGUAUUUGACCUUACAUCUGCGGAAAUUGCUUAAUUUUUUUUUUAGUAUUUACUGCAUAUUUUCUAUUAAUUAGGAGGAAUAUUCAUCGACCAAAUUCAUAUUCUAUUGAUUUUUUUUCCUUCCAUUUAAUACAAUAAUACCCCUUACCAUUAGCAUGAUGAAUACCUUUGAUUACUAUAAAGAUCAGAAUCAUAUCUUCUCUAAGUAA